GUCAUACUGUCGCAGUGAUACAGACACAAGAUGCAGCUGUGUCCCAAGGAGCUCGACAAGCUCGUCAUCUCCCAGCUGGGCCUGCUCGCCCAGCGCCGCCUGGCAAGAGGAGUGAAGCUGAACCAGAGCGAGGCAACAGCGCUCAUCGCCAACAACCUCCAAGAACUUAUCCGCGAUGGCAACCACACCGUCGCCGACCUCAUGGCCAUUGGCAAGACCAUGCUGGGUCGCCGCCAUGUCCAGCCCUCAGUGGUCGCAGGACUCCAUGAGUUGAUGGUUGAGGGCACCUUUCCCACCGGCACCUACCUCGUGACCGUCCACCACCCAAUAUCGACCAAUGAUGGCGACCUCGAAAAGGCCCUCUAUGGCUCUUUCCUGCCAGUUCCCUCCAACGACAUGUUUCCUCUCAUCGAUUCGACAGCGUAUGAAUACGAGAAGCAACCUGGCGCAAUUAUAGCUGUGAAAGGCGAGGCGGGCAUCAUCAAGCUCAAUGAAGGGCGCAAGAGGAUCAAGCUCAAGGUCAAGAGUACGGGAGACAGGCCAAUUCAGGUUGGAUCACACUACCACUUCAUCGAGACCAAUCCUCAGCUCUCUUUCGAUCGCGUUCGCGCCCAUGGCUACCGCUUGGACAUUCCUGCUGGUACGUCUGUACGUUUCGAGCCUGGUGACACAAAGACGGUUACUCUGGUGCAAAUUGCUGGAAACCAGGUCAUCAAGGGUGGAAAUCGGAUUGCCUCAGGCCACAUCCACGAUACAAGCGUUGCAGAAGGCAUUGUGGAGAAGCUGACUGCUGGAGGUUUCCUGCACGUACCGGCGCCAGCUGGCGACGGCGCACACAUCGACAUCUGCACCAUGGAGCGCCAGGCCUACAUUAGCAUGUUCGGUCCCACAACUGGCGACUUGGUGAGACUAGGCGCCACAGAUCUGUGGAUCAAGGUCGAGAAAGAUCUGACCAAGUAUGGCGACGAGUGCGCGUUCGGCGGAGGCAAGACGCUCAGAGAAGGCAUGGGCCAGGCAGGAGGACGAUCUGACGCCGAGGUCCUGGACACAGUCGUGACCAACGCUCUGAUCGUUGACUGGUCGGGCAUCUACAAAGCUGACAUCGGUAUCAAGGACGGCAUCAUUGUUGGCAUUGGCAAGGCUGGUAAUCCAGAUGUUAUGGAUGGUGUCGACCCGAACAUGGUUGUUGGUUCUUGCACAGACGUCAUCGCAGCUGAGCACGACAUUGUCACGGCAGGAGGCUUCGACACGCACAUCCACUUCAUCUGUCCACAGCAAGCGCAAGAGGCGAUCGCAUCCGGUAUCACAACGAUGCUCGGGGGUGGGACUGGACCAAGCACCGGCACGAAUGCAACCACUUGCACGCCAGGCAAGACACACAUCAGGCAGAUGCUGCAGGCCAUUGACGAGCUCCCCUUGAACUAUGGCAUCACUGGCAAGGGGAACGACGCAGAUGUGAAGCCGCUACAAGAGCAAGCUGAAGCCGGUGUCUGCGGUCUGAAGCUUCACGAAGACUGGGGAAGCACACCAGCAGCCAUCGACGCAUGUUUGACCGUCUGUGACGAGUACGAUAUCCAGACUCUGAUCCAUACCGAUACCCUCAACGAGUCCGGGUUUGUCGAGUCGACUGUGGGUGCAUUCAAGAACAGGGUCAUCCACACCUAUCACACCGAAGGCGCAGGUGGAGGCCACGCCCCAGACAUCAUUAGCGUUGUCGAGCAUGACAACGUCCUCCCAUCAUCCACAAAUCCUACCCGGCCAUACACCCGCAACACGUUAGACGAACACCUGGAUAUGCUCAUGGUAUGCCACCACCUAUCCAAGAACAUCCCCGAAGACGUAGCCUUCGCCGAAUCGCGUAUUCGCGCCGAAACCAUCGCCGCAGAAGACGUCUUGCAUGAUCUUGGGGCCAUCUCAAUGAUGUCGUCUGACUCACAAGCGAUGGGUCGUUGCGGUGAGGUCAUUUUGCGCACUUGGAACACGGCGCAUAAAAACAAAGUUCAGCGCGGAUACCUUAAGGAAGAUGAAGGUACCGGCGCAGACAACUUCAGAGUAAAGAGAUACAUCAGCAAAUACACUGUGAACCCGGCUAUUGCUCAGGGCAUGGGUCACAUCAUUGGCAGUAUCGAGGUUGGCAAACUGGCAGACUUGGUAGUGUGGCGGCCAAGCAACUUUGGCGUCAAGCCAGCGCUGGUCGUAAAGAGUGGGAUGUGCUCUUACGCCCAAAUGGGUGAUCCCAACGCCUCCAUCCCAACCGUAGAGCCCAUCAUCAUGCGUCCCAUGUUUGCCUCCAUGGUACCAUCAUCCAGCAUCACAUUUGUGUCCAAAGCAUCCAUUAACUCUGGCGUCAUCAAAAGCUACGGUUUACGAAAGCGCGUCGAAGCGGUCAAGAACUGCAGGAACAUCGGCAAGCGAGACAUGAAGUACAACGACGUGCGGCCGAAGAUGAAGGUCGACCCCGAGACAUAUAGGGUUGAGGCCGAUGGCAUGCAUUGCACUGCGGAGCCAAGUGAGGAGCUUCCGUUGACGCAGGGGUAUUUUGUUUACUAGGGGAUGUAUAUAUGCAAUGGAAUAUCG